UUUGGAACUAUUGAAUUUGGCUUUGGUUACAGGAGCUCACAGUGCACAGUGACUGCAAAUGUUCCACCUCACCUGGUCCACUUUGUUCUGAUAGAAAUCACUCGGUUCACCACUAACUGAAAUGAGUUCUGAGUGAGAUUGUCUGUAUAUAUUGAGGGGGUUUAACUCAAAUGUACUUCUUGAGGGAUCUGCCCAAUCAAAAUCUUCCACAGGUAACCUCUCCUAUUUUGCACCUAAUUUCAUUCCAUGCAAAUGAAAGUGAUCUCAGAGAGCAGCUCUCUCGGUCUGUGAGUGCAGGAAAAUGGCAGAGGCCAGUAUUUCAGUAGAUCAGGACCAGUUCAGCUGUCCAGUCUGUCUGGAUCUGCUGAAGGACCCAGUGACGACUCCCUGUGGACACAGUUUCUGUAUGGUGUGUAUUAAUGGCUGCUGGGAUCAGGAGGAUCAGAGGGGGGUCUACAGCUGCCCCCAGUGCAGAGAGACCUUCACUCCAAGGCCUGUUCUACUCAGAAACAACAUGCUGGCUGAAGUGUUGGAGAAACUGAAGAAGACAGAACUCCAAGCUGGUUCUCCUGCUCUCUGUUACGCUGGACCUGGAGAUGUGGAGUGUGAUUCCUGCACUGGGAGAAAAUGCAAAGCCAUCAAGUCGUGUUUGGUGUGUCUGGCUUCUUACUGUGAAGCUCAUCUUAAACCUCACUAUCAGUCUCCUGCCUUUAAGAAGCACAAGCUGGUCGAAGCCUCCAAACAGCUACAAGAGAAGAUCUGCUCUAAGCAUGAUGAAGUGAUGAAGAUCUACUGUCGUACUGACCACAGCUGCAUCUGCUAUUUGUGUAAGAAGUAUGAACCCAAAGGUCAUGAUACAUGUAGCCCCUGUCGGGCCGAGUUUUCGUACAGUCCCCUCCCACUCUGCUGCUCCCUCAUUUCAGAGAAAACGAAACUGAUCUCAGAGAGCUGCUCUGCCUCAGACUGUGAGAGGAGGAGGAAGAUGGCCGAGGCCAGUAUUUCAGUAGUUCAGGACCAGUUCAGCUGUCCAGUCUGUCUGGAUCUGCUGAAGGAUCCAGUGGCGACUCCCUGUGGACACAGUUACUGUAUGGUGUGUAUUAAUGGCUGCUGGGAUCAAGAGGAUCAGAGGAGGAUCUACAGCUGCCCCCAGUGCAGAGAGACCUUCACUCCAAGGCCUGUUCUACGCAGAAACAACAUGCUGGCUGAAGUGGUGGAGAAACUGAAGAAGACAGAACUCCAAGCUGCUUCUCCUGCUCUCUGUUACGCUGGACCUGGAGAUGUGGAGUGUGAUUCCUGCACUGGGAGAAAACGCAAAGCCAUCAAGUCCUGUUUGGUGUGUCUGGCUUCUUACUGUGAAGCUCAUCUUAAACCUCACUAUCAGUCUCCUGCCUUUAAGAAGCAUAAGCUGGUCGAAGCCUCCAAACAGCUACAAGAGAAGAUCUGCCCUCAACAUGAUAAACUGAUCGAGAUCUACUGUCGUACUGACCAACAGAUGGUCUGUUAUUUGUGUACGAUGGAUGAACACAUGGGACACAGUACAGUAGCAGCUUCAGCAGAAAGAAAAGAGAAACAGAAUGAGCUGAAGGAGAUGCAGAGGAAAUCCAAGCAGAGACUCCAGGAGAAAGAGAAGAAGCUGCAGGAGGUGAAACAGGCUGUGAAGACUCUUAAGAGCUCUGCACAGGCAGCAGUGGAGGACAGUGAGAGGAUCUUUACUGAGCUGAUCCGCUCCAUUGAGAAAAAGCGCUCUGAGGUAACAGAGCUGAUCAGAGCUCAGGAGGAGGCUGAACUGAGUGGAGCUGAAGAACUCCUGGAGCAACUGGAGCAGGAGAUUGCUGAUCUAAAGAGGAGAGACACUGAGCUGGAGCAGCUUUCACACACAGAGGAUCACGUCCAGUUCCUCCAGAGCUUCCAGUCUCUCUGUGUCUCUUCUGGAUCUGAGGACUCCUUCAGCGUCACUGUCCAUCAACAUCUCUCAUAUGAUGGAGUGAGGAAAUCUCUCUCUGAUCUGAAGGAGAGACUAGAGGAAUUCUGCAAGCAGGAAUUCAGGAAAAUCUCUCCACAUGUUUCAGCAGUUCAGAUGAUUUCACCCUCAGAGCCACAAAGCAGAGAAGAUUUUCUACAGUAUUUCCGUCGUCUGACUCUGGAUCCCAACACAGUGAAUCAGGUCCUCAGACUGUCUGAGGAGAACAGAGUGGUGACGUUCAGUGGGAACGACCAGCAUUACUCUGAUCAUCCAGAGAGAUUUGAGUACUGGUAUCAGGUGUUGAGUAAGGAGAGUGUGAGUGGACGCUGUUACUGGGAGGUUGAGUGGAGCAGUGCUGGAUAUGAUCUGUACAUCUCAGUCUCAUAUAAAGGGAUCAGCAGGAAAGGACGAGGUAAUGAAAGAUGGUUUGGCCGUAACAUUCAGUCCUGGAGUCUGCAGUGUCCUCCUUCCUCUCUCUCUUUCUAUCACAACAACAUUCAGACUAAGAUCUCAUCCUCCUCCAGAAUAGGAGUGUAUGUGGAUCACAGUGCAGGAACUCUGUCCUUCUACAGCGUCUCUGACACACUGACCCUCCUACACACAGUCCACACCACAUUCACUCAGCCGCUCUAUGCUGGAUUCUGGAUUGAUGGUUCGAUUGGGUUUAGUGGUGGAACUGUGAGGUUGUGUGAUCCAAAAUGAUGUGUAUGUUGUAAAUCUCGGUUCCGUUGUUGCACGAUUCAAUAUGUCAUGCUGUGAAAAUGUUCAGACCCCAUUCCCUCAGCUUCCUGGGUGGGUGUGGUUGUGUCAGCUGUUUGAGUCUUAAAGAAACUAAGAUAAUGAGUCUAAAGUCUUUUCAGUAACAGAGCUGAAUGAAAAUGUCUGUGUGCAGUGAUAAACUGUGCUUUGGAGAAAAGUAGAAGAAUCCUGUGUUCUAAUCCCACUGAGCUACAAACUCUUACAGCCUUAUAGUAGCUAGAUUUCCACUGAUUUAAUGUACAUCUGGCACCAAUACAGUUCAAGAAAUCAUUAAAAACAGUUUUGGUACCAUUAUUUUAUAGAAAUGCUUUACAUAAAGAAAAACUAAUGAAAUAUAUUUUGUUUUAUUGAAAAUAAAAAGUUUUGCUUCCCAUGAAAAACAUCAGUAUUAGUGUAUUAGUUUAUUAUUAGUGUAUUCAAUAAAUACAUGCAGGUAUUUUUCUGUAUAAGGUUAAAAAACAUUGACCACUUAUGUGAAGGACUUCAUUAAUUGGUCUCAUUAUAAAACAUUAAAACAUACACUGGGGUCCUAAAGUGGGGUCCACAAGUCAAAA